AGAGAGAGAGAGAGAGAGAGAGAGAGACACGCCGACUGAGCAGAAGAACAGAACGGAGGAGAAGAACUGCUUCAUGCCCGAACACAAACCCGCACAUUAGAGUCAGACACAGAGUCCAGAAUUCAGAGGAAGAGAGAGGAACAGAAGACGGGGGAGGAGGAAGAGGAGCUGAUGUUCACCUAACUGAGAUUUAGAGAGAGAGAGAGAGAGAGAGAGAGAGAGAGAGAGAGAGAAUCAUGGCUGCGUCUGAACUCUAUACAAAGUAUGCUCGGGUGUGGAUCCCCGACCCUGAGGAGGUGUGGAGGUCAGCAGAGCUCACCAAAGACUACAAACAGGGGGACGCAACGCUGCAUCUGCAGCUGGAAGAUGGCAAGGAUCUGGAGUAUAAGUUGGACCCGAAGACGAAAGCUCUGCCUCACCUGCGCAACCCCGACAUCCUGGUGGGAGAAAACGACCUGACGGCUCUGAGUUACCUUCACGAACCGGCCGUGCUGCACAACCUGAAAGUGCGCUUCAUCGACUCCAAACUCAUCUACACUUACUGCGGUAUUGUGCUGGUGGCCAUUAAUCCGUAUGAAACACUGCCCAUUUAUGGCACAGACAUCAUUAACGCUUACAGCGGACAGAACAUGGGGGACAUGGACCCUCACAUAUUCGCUGUGGCUGAGGAGGCGUACAAACAGAUGGCCAGAGACGAGAGGAACCAGUCCAUCAUUGUCAGUGGAGAGUCCGGCGCUGGAAAGACGGUUUCAGCCAAGUACGCAAUGCGAUACUUUGCUACGGUUAGCGGUUCAGCCAGCGAGGCUAACGUCGAGGACAAAGUGCUGGCCUCCAACCCCAUCAUGGAGGCCAUCGGGAACGCCAAAACCACCAGGAACGACAACAGCAGCCGCUUUGGGAAGUACAUUGAGAUCGGAUUCGAUAAACGCUACCACAUCAUCGGAGCUAACAUGAGGACGUACCUGCUGGAGAAGUCGCGAGUCGUGUUUCAGGCGGAUGAGGAGAGGAAUUAUCACAUCUUCUACCAGCUCUGUGCCUCAUCCCUCCUUCCUGAGUUCAAGAGCCUAAAUCUCAGCAGUGCAAAUGAAUUUCACUACACCAAACAGGGACGAAACCCGGUUAUUGAUGGAGUGGAUGAUGCAAAGGAGAUGUCUACCACUAGGAAUGCCUUCACACUGCUGGGCAUUAACGAGUCGUAUCAGAAGGGGCUGUUCCAGGUCCUGGCGGCCAUCUUGCACCUGGGCAACGUGGAGGUGAAGGAUAGAGAUGCAGACAGCAGCAUGAUACCGCCCAAUAACAGCCACCUGAGCGUGUUCUGUGAUCUCCUGGGCGUGGCCUAUCAGGACAUGGCUCACUGGCUGUGCCAUAAGAAGCUGAAGACGGCGACCGAGACGUACAUUAAACCCGUUCCCAGGUUGCAGGCCAUGAACUCCAGAGACGCUCUGGCCAAACACAUCUACGCCAAACUCUUCAACUGGAUCGUGGAGCACGUCAACAAGGCGCUGCACUCGUCCGUCAAACAGCACUCGUUCAUCGGCGUGCUGGACAUCUACGGGUUUGAAACCUUUGAGAUUAACAGCUUUGAGCAGUUCUGUAUCAACUACGCUAAUGAGAAACUCCAGCAGCAGUUUAACAUGCACGUGUUUAAGCUGGAGCAGGAGGAGUAUAUGAAGGAGCAGAUCCCCUGGACGCUGAUUGAUUUCUACGAUAAUCAGCCCUGCAUUAAUCUGAUCGAGGCCAAGCUGGGCGUGCUCGACCUGUUAGACGAGGAGUGCAGGAUGCCGAGAGGUUCAGAUGACACGUGGGCUCAGAAGCUCUAUAACACUCAUCUGAAGACGUGUGCACUUUUCGAGAAGCCGCGUAUGUCUAAUAAAGCCUUCAUCAUUCAGCACUUCGCAGACAAGGUGGAGUAUCAGUGUGAGGGAUUUUUGGAGAAAAACAAGGACACGGUGAAUGAGGAACAGAUUCAUGUUCUGAAGGCCAGUAAGUUCGACCUGCUGGUGGAGCUCUUCCAGGAUGAGGAUAAAGUGACGAGUCCAACAGGAAUUGUUCCUGCCCCUGGGGGGCGCACUCGCCUCAGCGUCAAACCCAACAAGGGCAAACCGGACCAGGCCAGCAAGGAGCACAAGAAAACCGUGGGCCUACAGUUCCGUAACUCUCUCCAGCUGCUGAUGGAGACCCUGAACGCCACGACACCGCACUACGUCCGCUGCAUUAAACCCAACGACUACAAAUUGGCCUUCACGUUUGACCCGAAGCGGGCGGUGCAGCAGCUGAGGGCGUGUGGAGUCCUCGAGACCAUCCGCAUCUCCGCGGCAGGAUUUCCAUCCAGGUGGACCUAUCAGGAGUUCUUCAGCCGCUAUCGUGUGUUGAUGAAGCAGAAGGACGUUCUGGCCGAUAAGAAAAUGACCUGCAGGAAUGUUUUGGAGAAACUGGUGCAGGACCAGGAUAAGUACCAGUUUGGAAAGACGAAGAUCUUUUUCCGAGCUGGUCAGGUGGCGUACCUAGAGAAACUCCGGGCCGAUAAACUGCGAGCCGCCUGCAUCCGCAUCCAGAAAACCAUCCGCUGCUGGCUGGAGCGCAAGAAGUACCUGCGCAUGAAACAAGCUGCCGUGGUCAUCCAGAGAUACGUCCGUGGAUACCAGGCCCGAUGCCUGGCGAAGUUUCUGCGCCGAACCCGAGCCGCCAUCAUCAUCCAGAAGUACCAGCGCAUGUACAUACAGAGAACCAGCUACAGGCGCAAACGCAACGCCGCCCUCGCCAUGCAGUGUAUCCUCCGAGCGUACAUGGCUCGGCAGCAGUACUAAGCGCUGCUGCGUGAACACAAAGCCAUCAUCAUCCAGAAGAUGGUGCGCGGCUGGUUGGCGCGUCGGUGGUAUAAGCGUUCUUUGGAGGCGCUGGUCUACCUGCAGUGCUGCCUGCGGCGCAUGAGGGCCAAGCGCGAGCUCAAGAAGCUGAAGAUCGAGGCGAGGUCCGUGGAGCAUUACAAAAAACUCAACAUCGGCAUGGAGAACAAGAUCAUGCAGCUGCAGCGUAAAGUCGAUGAGCAGCAUAAGGAGAACCGUGUUCUGGGUGAGCGUCUGAGCGGGUUGGAGCACGCCCACGCCACCGAGAGCGAGCGUCUGCGAAAGGACCUGACUCGCUUACGCGGCGUGGAGGAGGAGGCAAAGAACAACGCUAACAGAGUCACCACGCUGCAAGAAGAGCUGGAGAAACUGCGCAAAGAUCUGCAGAACACGCAGAAGGAGAAGAAGGCCAUCGAGGACUGGGCAAAGACCUACCAGGAUGAGAUGGAGAAGAUGAUCUCUGAGUUAAAGGAACAGAAUGAUCUUUUGAAGAAUGAGAAGAACGACCUGAACCGUCUGAUCCAGGAACAGAGCCAACAAUGGACAGAAAAGUUGCAGAGGUCUCUGAAGGAGGAAACAUCUCAGCUGGAAAGCGAUUUAAACGAGGAAAGAUCUCGAUAUCAGAACCUCCUCACAGAGCACCUGAGACUGGAGGAGAAAUACGACGACCUCAAAGAAGAGAUCUCGCUCAGCUUGAACGUCCCCAAACCGGGCCACAGGAGAACCGACUCCACACACAGCAGCAACGAGUCCGAAUACACCUACAACUCUGAGUUCACUGAGGCUGAGGAGGGAGCACGAGGAGCUGAGGAUGUGACCAAAGGAGCAGCGUUGGACAUGGCUUUGUUCCUGAAGCUGCAGAAGCGAGUGACUGAGCUGGAGCAGGAGAAACAGGGCCUGCAGAAUGAACUGGACCGAAAAGACGAACAGUUUCAGCGGGCUAGAGCCAGGGAUGAUGAAGAGCAUAAAAAGGCUCGCGGUGCUGAGUUGGAGUACGAAUCUCUUAAGCGUCAGGAGCUGGAGUCGGAGAAUAAGAAACUGAGACACAACCUGAGUGAGAUGCAUCAGACUUUGGCAGGAAAAGACGGCUCCACGUCAGCCUACAAGGUCCUGAUGGAGCAGCUAAACUCCGCCAACGAGGAGCUGGAGGUCCGGAAGGAGGAGGUGCUCAUCCUGCGCUCGCAACUCGUCAGCCAGAAAGAAGCCAUGCAGCAUAAGGAUGAGAAGGAGACCAUGACAGAGCCACUGCACUAUGUGGAGGAUGUUCACAAGCUCACAGAUGCUAAAGAAAUCUCUCAGGCUUACAUGGGCCUCAAGGAUACCAACAGAUCUCCUCUCCCUGAUAUGCGUAAGAUGAAUGAGGAUGGAGAGCUGUGGCUGGUGUAUGAGGGCUUGAAGGAGACCAACAGGUUGUUGGAAUCCCAGCUGCAGGCUCAGCGGCGCUCUCAUGAGGCUGAGCUGGAGUCUCUGAGAGGAGAACUGCACUGUGUGAAGGAGGAAAACCAGAGACAGCAGCAGCUCCUCACACAGAACCUCCAGCUUCCUCCUGAAGCUCGAAUCGAGGCCAGUUUACAGCACGAGAUCACACGCCUCACUAACGAGAACCUGGACUUUCCAGUUGAGAACCCAAAGGUCUACAAAAUCAACAUACUGCGCAGGAUAAUUGACCUUAUGGAACAACUGGAGAAACAGGACAAGACGGUUCGCAAGUUAAAGAAGCAGCUGAAAGUAUUCGCCAAGAAGAUCAAUGACCUGGAAGGUGGCCAGGUGGAGAACGUUUCUCCGGGUCAGAUGGCUGAUGAGCCGAUCCGUCCAGUCAACAUUCCACGGCGAGAGAAAGACUUCCAGGGAAUGCUGGAGUACAAGAAGGAGGACGAACUCAAACUGGUCAAGAACCUCAUUCUGGAAUUGAAGCCCCGUGGUGUGGCAGUGAACCUGAUUCCCGGUUUGCCAGCCUACAUCCUCUUCAUGUGUUUACGACACGCCGACUACAUCAAUGACGACCAGAAAGUCCGUGCGCUGCUCACCUCCAUCAUCAACAGCAUCAAGAAGAUCCUCAAAAAGAGAGGUGAUGACUUUGAGACCGUAUCGUUCUGGUUGGCGAACACGUGCCGCUUCCUGCACUGUCUGAAACAAUACAGUGGAGACGAGCAAUUUAUGAAGUUUAACUCGUCGAAGCAGAAUGAACACUGUCUGUCCAACUUUGACUUGGCGGAGUAUCGGCAGGUUCUGAGUGAUUUGGCCAUUCAGAUUUACCAACAACUCAUCAAGUGUAUGGAGAAUAUCCUGCAGCCCAUGAUCGUCUCCGGGAUGCUGGAGCACGAGACCAUCCAGGGUGUGUCUGGCGUGAAGCCCACCGGUCUGCGUAAGAGGACAUCCAGCGUAGCAGAUGAGGGAACGUUCACACUCGACUCCAUCAUCCGCCAGCUCAACUCCUUCCACAGCAUCAUGUGUCACCAUGGUAACGACCCCGAGCUCAUUAAGCAGGUGGUCAAGCAGCAGUUCUACAUCAUUGGUGCCGUCACACUAAACAACCUGCUGCUGCGCAAAGACAUGUGCUCCUGGAGCAAGGGCAUGCAGAUCAGGUACAAUGUGAGUCAGUUGGAGGAGUGGUUGAGGGAGAAGAACCUGAUGGUGUGUGGUGCGAAGGAGACUCUGGAGCCUCUGAUUCAGGCAGCACAGCUACUGCAGGUCAAAAAGAAGACCGAUGAAGAUGCUGAGGCCAUCUGCUCCAUGUGUAACUCAAUGAGUACUGCUCAGAUUGUGAAGGUGUUGAACCUGUACACUCCUGUCAACGCCUUUGAAGAGCGAGUGUCUGUAACAUUCAUACGAACCAUACAGAAUCGCCUGAGGGAUCGCAAAGAGUCCCCUCAACUCCUGCUCGACACGAAGGUAAUCUACCCCGUGACCUUCCCAUUCAACCCAUCCUCCCUCGCCCUGGACACCAUUCAGAUCCCUACCAGCCUCAACCUGUGCUUCCUCAAUCGCGUCUAAGAUCUGACCAACGUUCCUCCUCGGCCAAUCACGUCACGGCGCUGAGAUGAAGAGGAACUCGUGCUUGGACUUGAACGCAUCCACAUCCGUCACUGAGAAUGAAUAGAUAGACUUCAUGUAAUGUCACACACACACACACACACACACACACACACACACACACACAUGGGGUUCACCACCACCAUUUUAAGUGGGAAUGUACCAUAUCAUAAAGAACUGGGGGGGUCAUAACGGGUCAUAAUACUGUUACCCUGCUAUUGGUUUAAUCCCAGUCUAUUCUCUUGUACAGUAUAAUUACAUAGUAAUCUAAGAUUCAAUACGACGCUUCAGGAUGUUUUUAUUUAUUGCUCUCGGCUGCACUCUCGCCUCGCUUCUGCUCUCCUCGUCAGAUAGUGGUUGUUUCCGGAUCUUGGAUCUUGGAAGUAAAUAAAAGACACGUAUGUAGUCCUCUAUUUAUGUCCAUAUCAGAUAAAUAAUGUAGAGUACUUUUUAAAAUGGCGCUACACUCAUGUCUGUGUGACAGUCGUGUGUAGGUGUGUGUUUGUUAGUCAGUAGUUUUAGCUCACUAGAUAUUUACGUCUUGUAUGACGAUGAUGAUGAUGAUGAACCUGCACUUUUUGUUGUUUUUUUGUGUUCAGUCCUCAGCAUUCCCACCUUCUUCAUUACUCUAGAUCUAAAUAUCUGGUCUAGAAGUUUGGAAAGUUUACAUUCCGUCUUGUUUUUGUUUGUUUGAUGCACAUCGAUCAAUCGGAUGCAACCAGCCAAUCGAAUGCCUGCUUCACCAACCAAUCAUGCCCCCCUUACUAUCCUGCUAAAUAGUGACACAACUCUGACUAUACACUCUCUGGCCAAAAGUUUGUGGACACCAGACCAUAAGAUUGGUUUGUGUAUUUUUUGAACGUCCCAUUCCACAUUAGGUUCCUAUUAGUAUGAGGAGAUGGGAGCUUAAUGGUUAAGGCAUUGGACUCCACUCGUCUGGGAAGAUGUUCCACUAGAUGUUUUGGGGAUUUAUUCAGCUAUAAGGCUGUUAGUAAAGUCAGGUAGUGAUGUAGGUGAGAAGGUAAGGAGGCCUGGGGUGCAGUCAGCGUUUACAUUCAUCCCAAAGGUGUUCAAUGGGGUUGGAGCUCAUUAGCAGGAGAUCUUCCACUCUAAAACAUGGAAAGCAGAUCUUCAUGGAGCUGUUUAGGGGCUCCCAGUUAAAGUGAAGGUAAAAUUUAAUACCACCACAUACAAAGAUGUCCUAUACAAUUGUGUGUCUCCAGUUUUUUUUGUACAAACAGUUUAUUGAAGAACAUAAAUGGCGGGGAAUGUCGGGUGUCCCAAUACUUGUGGCUAUAGAGUGUAUAAUGAUUGGUUAGUCAGAUAGCUGACAUCACGCUACGCUAUUGCUCUAACAGCAGCAGUGCGUUGUCAUUUCACGCUUAGCAACAAAGACAAAGACAAAGAGGGGUUUGUGAUGUCGUAGGAUUCAGCUAAUUUCAUAAUCAGAAUGUAAAAUCCUAAAAAAGCCAAAUUUCUCCAAAGUUAUUUCUUUUAAUUUUUUCAUUGGCAUGUAAGGCUUCUCUUUUUUUCUUCUUCAAUUUCAUACAGUAUUAAAGCGUUUCACUACGACACCAUGUUCUAAUGAAACUGUACACAUCAAUCAUUAUUAUAUAAAUAUAAUAGUGUAAUAUGGCCAGGGUUUGUUUUGUUUUUUUUGUACCAGAGAGACCAAUGAACAAGAUCCCCAUACACACACACACACACACACACACACACACACACACGCCCGCCCAUGCUUAUCGCUUGAUAUUAAAUGCCUUACUCUGUUCAGCAUUGGUGUAAAGUGAAGGUGAAAUUUUCUAAUUGUGUUUCACUAGUGUGUGUAUGUGUGUGUCUGUCUGUGUGUUCUAUGACUAACAGAAGAAAAUAAUUAAUGUAUAAGACAGCUGGAUGAGUUGUACAGGAAGUGUUAGUAUUGUGUGAUAUUUAUUGUGUAUUGUUUACUACAGUUCUGCUGAUCAGGCCUUACUAUGCAUUACAAGCAUACGGUCGACAUCAUUUCCUGUUUAGUUUUGAGUAUAUAGAGUAUUAUUUCCUGUGUGAAGCUGCAAAAUGAGUUAUCUUUUCAUGCACUUUCAGUUUAUUUAGUUUGGGAGAGGAAUUUAUUUAUGGAUGCACCGAUCUGAUAUCCAUCAACCAUAUUGAAAAAUAGGGCAAGAAUAUUAUUCAAAUAAUAAUGCAUAGAAAAUUAAUAAUGAAUUGAAUAUAAGAUGAUAAAAGUAAAAAUAAUAAAUAAAAUAAAUAGUGUGUGUAUAUAUAUAUAUAUAUAUAUAUAUAUAUAUAUAUAUAUAUAUAAUGUAAAAUCUUUAUCUUUAUUGAAUAUGCAUCUCCCUAGUUUAAGUGUUAGUUGAUAUUUUUGGUUUCUGUUAUAUUUUUGUAAUUUUUUUACACGCACAUAUAUACAAAGCCUUACCUUUUGACCUUUUUACCUUCGGAAUUUCCUGUUGACAUCAUUUCCUGUUUUCUGGUUCCUGAUGGUGUGAACAGUGCUUCAUAAUUGUUGCACUUUUAGCUCUUUGCUGGAGGAAAUAAAUAAAAUAAAUAACAACAUUGAAACUUGGAGUUACUGCAGAUUCACCAGAAUAUAUAUAUAUAUAUAUAUAUAUAUAUAUAUAUAUAUAUAUAUAUAUAUAUAUAUAUACACACACACACACACACACACACACACACACUCCAAUUUGUGUAAAAAAAAAAGUCUAUUGAAUUGUUACAUAUUUUUUAGCUAUCGUAUUACAAUUAGUAAAUAAAUAAACCUGAUGUUAUAAAAUUUGACAUUGUAAAACAAUUUAAGGGGAAAAUAUUUGCAGGAUAAAAAAAGGAAAAUAAUAAUAAUAAAGUUAAUUGUCCUGUUUUCUUUACCUGCUGUUGUUAUUCCCUAAAUCUUUAUCACCUGUUUUUUUUUUCUUUUCAUAAUUAAGUAAAAAUAUCAGAACCUUUUGUAAAUUUUUAUUUUAAACAUGUUAAAGACUUUCUUUUUUUGUCGUCAUGUAUUUUUUUAACACACCAACACAAAUUCUGUUGAAUCUGAUUCAACUCCAUAUUAUCAUCACAGUUGGGGGUUAAUAAAGGAAAUAAAUAAUGAAAAACAUAAUUUUAGCCUUAGUAGCCAUGUGUCAUCGCUUCUUAUACCACCAUAUGGCGUUACAUUUUAGUGUGUAAAGAUGUGUGUGUGAGUGAGAUCCCCAAAGACCUGCUGAAUUUGUUGCACUAAAUCUGUUAUUUUCAUGUUCUGACUGAACGAGAGCGCGAGCGUUCCUCUGCACCACACAUCACUCACACCUGUAUAAAAACAUAGUCUUAGCUUAACAUCGCUUAGCGCUUACCUGAAAUGCUAAUCGUCCACUGAACUGUACAAAAUGGUUCCUUUGGAAAGCCAUGUCUGAGCAGCCGAUCUUCUCCUCCGCCGAGGAAACCCUUGUUGAGUCUCUGUUUCUGUAACUACACCUGUUCGAGUAAAAUAAAAUAAAUCAGCACUACA